UGUUCCUCUAGCCGCGAGUCUGCAGACAUGCAGCUCCUCAGAACCGAGCAGAACCGAGCCGAGCAGCCCGUCCAGCCCGCGGGUUUAUCUCUCUCUCCGCGUCACUGAGAGAAGCGUCUGAUUCGGUUUAUUCUGGAUCUGAAUCAGACUGAUCGGUUCAGAGUCGAUACGGACUGUUAGACCCGCGCGGUUAUUUAUAGUUAUUUUUAUAUAUUUACUCUCUGGAGGAGGAGAUGGACAUUAAGAGUCUCCCCGCGGACAGAACUGUUCUCUGUUUGUUUGAUGUGGACGGAACCCUGACCCCACCGAGAGAGAAAAUUGACCCUCAGCUGGAUGAGUUCUUCCAGUCUCUGCGUAUGAAGGUGAAGAUCGGGUUGGUCGGGGGCUCGGACUACAGUAAGAUUGCAGAACAGCUGGGAGACGGAGACGAAGUUAUACACAAGUUCGACUAUGUGUUUGCUGAAAACGGUACAGUGCAAUACAAAGAUGGCAAACUACUGUCUAAACAGGCGAUACAGAAUCAGCUGGGUGAAGAGCUGCUGCAGGACCUCAUUAACUUCUGUUUGAGAUACAUGGGUCUAAUCAAACUUCCCAAAAAACGGGGCACAUUCAUCGAGUUUCGAAACGGGAUGCUCAACAUAUCUCCUAUUGGGCGGAGCUGCACUCUUGAGGAACGAAUUGAAUUUGCAGAAAUUGAUAAGAGAGAGAAGAUCAGGGAGAAAUUUGUUGCUGCUCUGCAGAAAGAGUUUGCUGGGAAAGGGCUGCGAUUCACUCGAGGGGGAUUGAUCAGUUUUGAUGUAUUUCCUGAGGGGUGGGAUAAGCGUUUGUGUUUGGAGGUUCUGGAGGGAGAAGGACUCGACGCCAUCUAUUUCUUUGGAAAUGAAACGUCACUGGGUGGAAACGAUUACGAGAUUUUUGAGGAUCCUCGAACAAUCGGCUUCACGGUUUACUCGCCAGAGGACACGGCGAGACUCUGCAGAGAUCUGUUCUUCAACACGCCGCCCAACGAGGCCUAACACACACACACACACACACACACACACACACACACACGGUUUGUGUGUAGCUGGCUUCCCCUGCUGGCCAGUGUCAGUACUACAUCUCUUACAUUACCCACUGUGUGCUGAAAGGACAGUGAACUUUUAAAAAACUUGUAAGGAAGAUCCUCUUUCACUACUGAUAAAUAAAUUACAGAGGAUUCUUCCCACCUCCAGCAACGCCGUCAAACACACCAGUGAACCGCCAGACUCUCGGGGAGCAUAUUGCACCGCUCUGCUCUUCGGGCUGAUCAGUUUUAAUCUAAUCCACAAACUUUUACUUUUGACUGAAGUCAUGUGAAUCUACAGCACAGUUAGCUCUCUGUGAUUGGUCUGUUUUGUCCGGUUCUGUGAUCCUAGUGUAAAUAGAGUCCCAGUGUGAAUAGGUGAUUGUAUUUUCUAUUGCACGUUCACAGUCGCAGCUAGCCGAUAAUCGGUAGUUGCAUCCUCCGAGUGCAAUCAACCAGCGGUGUAAAGUCCAUAUGACCGGGAAAAAAAAGGAAUGGGACACAGAGCAUAGUGUAGCAUCUGCAGACCUGGAGCCCCACAGCAGGUUAUUAACAUGAGCUUGUCUUCAUUAAUCUGCUAAAUAGCAUUUAGUAAAUAUACUCACCUUUCAGCACCUCAGACUUAUUUGUGGUUGAGGCCACGCCCACUUUCUGUUUAUAAUUUGUAGAUAUCAAUCAGAAGUCAUUCCAAAAGGAAAAAUAAAUAAAUGGUGGUAAUUGUCUGUCAGUUAGCUUUAGCAUUACUACUGCAUGCUCUGAAACCACAGGGUUAACGCUGCUGUAUCUCUCCAGGUCUGCAGAUGGUGGUGAAAAUAAGCUCUAGUUGUUCCCUGUGUCCCAAAAUAUCGAUUUUAUUAUGACCCAGUUUUAUUGCGCAAUGAGAGUAGAGAUAUUUUAUUAGUUCGCCCCCUACUGGCAGGGCUGUAGGUCUGCAGCGUGUCUGCAAUAAACUGCACUAAUGGCCUGUAGAGGAAACACUCGACCAGGACCUCCCACUCUCCCUGCUAUCUCUGUGCUUGUGUUCAUGAGUCAGAAUCAGCACUCCAUACAUCUCAGAGGAAAUAUGUCUUUUAAAGAGGAAUUCAGUCUCUGAUCUGUGUCUGGAAAAUGGAACCUAACCUCAUUUUCCUCAGAUCAAACAUAUCUGGAUGUAAAGUUCAGUUCUAUCAUUGGUAUGGUAUAUUUAUCAUUAAAUAAUGGUUCGAUUUUUGGCAGAGUCACUGAUGUAUGAUUGUAGUGUAAACUGAAAGAAUGACUGAAUGUGGAUUUUAUCGGUGCUGUUCUGGGUCCGGAUUCUCAAAAGUGUCUUAAGAAAGAAAUUCUUCCUAAUGCUGUUAGGAUCGAUUUUUCUUCAGAAAUGGUAAUCAUUUUAUAAUUCAACUCUUCAUUUUUGAAUAACCACAGAUUUCCUUCACCAUCCCUUCCAUCCCUGAUUUUACUGAAACUUCUUAACUCUUAGUUAGAUUUUUUUUUUAUAUAUAUAUAUAUUUAUAUUUUAUCCUGUUUUCCCAACAGUUUGGAAAGUCGAAUAUCCCACCCUCUCAUUAGUCGUCCCAAACAGUAGGAGGAUGAAUGCAAGCCUACUUUGAUACAUGUUGUGUCAUGUAACAGCCGUCUGUACCAUGAGAAAAGAGCAUCACCCACCCACUGUACCCACCCAGACAGACUGUACCAGUCAGUUGGUUUUAUUUUAAUUGAGAAAUUGAACAAAGAGUCUUUUCAGAAAAUGUUUUUUAAUAAAUGCAUUAACAGGCAUUUUUAUGAGUGUUUUUUUUUUUUUUCUUGGGAAUGUUUUUUGGAAUCCGGUCCCAGGUUUCAUGUAUGAUCAUGUAUAUAUUAUAGGAAGAGAGAAAGGGAAUAUGGAUUAAUGAGAUUAAUGAGUUUACAUUCAUGGCUGCAUAUUAUCACUGUAUCAAAGCCCUGUGUCUCAGUUUAUGUUGUUUUGGACGUUUUGACAUAAUGUGAAUCUGACUGUUGAUCUUUUCAUUGUAUCAGACGUCAUGAUGAAUGGACCAAUAGAAAUGCUCCAAAAUCUUUUUGCAUUGGCUUCUAUUAAAUAUUAAUGGUUUUCAUCUCAUAAAUUUUUAAAUGUACUUCAUCUGACAGAGAGAAUAUAAAUUAUUAUAAAUCUGCAUUAUGAAUCCUGAAGACUGUAUAUAUCCACACUGCACAGGACGGCAGUAUGAAGGGACCCUUAACCUGUUAUUAAUACUGCUGUUAUUGGAUGUUGAAGAAAUCUGAUUAUAUGUAAGGAUUAAACGUGUGUCUGUGAUUGAUAUGCUGUAAUAAAUCUUUUACAGAAAUCGGAA